CAGGACAACUGAAAAUGAUCGCGCCCCAGCACAAGUCGUGAAAUCCAUUUUGCCGACAGUACAAAAGAGAGAACGUGCACAAGAGUGGGUCGGGCCGAACAAUGUCUGAAUCGAGCACUCUUACACCACUACAGAAGGAGCUGAUCGCUUCGCUUCUAAACUCCGGUAUCAGUAAAGUCGAGCUCAUUGAUGAAAUUCAUUGCUUUCAACAGCAGCAAGAAAAUACUACACUCGGGUCCGAGGAGCUGGAAAAAAUUGACGAGGAGCAAAAUGGGAGUCCGAUAGCGGAAACCAUUGACGACUCUUCGUCAUCUGGUUCACAGACACCGCCUCUUUCAACUUUACACAACUCUAAUGACAGAAUGGGCGAAACGUUAGACGGUGAGAACAUCAGCGAGUCGCUCAGCUUGAAAGACCAGCUCUUGCGCGCUGAUCCGUGGAAAGUUGCCAAAAUGAUUAAGACGUAUAUGCAGCAGCACAAUAUACCGCAACGUGAAGUCGUGGAUUCGACAGGACUCAACCAGAGUCACUUGUCUCAGCAUCUCAAUAAAGGCACGCCAAUGAAAAACACGAAACGAGCUCAGUUGUAUGGAUGGUUUGAGAAAAAACAACAUGAAAUCAUGAAUCAUUUUCUUUACUACUCAGAGUUUAGCAACAUAAAUAACAAUAAUGAAGAUGGAGAGAGUCCUAACAAGAAAAUGCGACGGAAUCGUUUCAAGUGGGGGCCUGCAUCACAGGCUAUUUUAUACAGAGCUUAUCAACAGAAUAGAAAUCCCAGUAAAGAUGAAAGAGAAUCACUAGUCAUAGAAUGCAAUGCAGCUGAAUGUCGUCAGCGAGGCGUCUCUCCAUCACAGGCCAGUGGACUUGGCUCUAACCUGGUCACGGAGGUUCGUGUCUAUAACUGGUUUGCAAACCGACGAAAGGAAGAAGCUUUCAAAAACAAACUGGCAAUGGAAAACAAUAUGAAUUUUCAAAUGGCACAGACAGACUGUGACCUUCACGAUGAUAUUGCAGGACUUGAAUCGAUCCAUACAGUAACGGCAACGGCAACAAAUGGAAACACCGUCAAUGUGCUCGUCGGUCAACAGACGAGCCAGUCAGUCAUAGAGAGUGCUAGAGUUACGUCACUGGGGAAUAUUGAGAGCACAAGCAGCAGUAUUCAGAUGAUGAAUUCGAUCAAGAGAAUAGGGGGAGUGACCGUCUCCUCUUCUCCAAUGGCACACAAACUACCACCAGUAAGCUCAUUAUCAAGCUAUAGUACACAGCAACACCAUCCACGGCAAAGUCUGCAGGAAACCUUGCAGCAACAGCAUCACCACCAUCACCACCACCACCACAGCAGCAACAACAACAACAACAACAACAACAACAUCACCAGCAGAAUCAGACUUCAGUUUCCCAUCCAUCUGCGAUGUUGACACCAUCA